AUGGUCCACAGGAAUGGUGCUGGCCACUUCUGGGAGCAGCGCAGGGCAGUCUGGCAGGCUGGAGUCGGUUCCCUGGGCAACGGGCUGGAGACGUCAGCGGCUCCCGGAGCCCCCGGAGCCCGCACGCGGCAGGGGACGCGGGCGCGCGGCAGGCAGGGCUCAGAGCCCGCCAGGCCGGGCAGGGAGCAGCAGCCCGAGCCGCGGCUCCCCCGACACGGGCGGCUCCGCGACCCCGCAGCAGCCGGGACCCCAACCCCUUGGCCGGCCUCGGGCCGAGCGUGCGCCCCACGCCCGCCGCUCUCCCCGGGGCGGCGGGGACGGGGAUGCUCGCUGCUCAUGGAGCCGCCGUCGGCGAGCCCGGGGCUGCUGAGCGCCCUGUCCCGGGCGGGGGCCAAUGAGAGCGGCGGGGCGGCGGAGGAGGCGGGCUGGUCGGGCGCGGCGCUGGCCUCGCAGGCGCUGCUGCUGGCGCUGAUCUUCGCCCUCUCGGCGCUGGGCAACGGGGCCGUGGUGCUGGUGAUCGCCCGGCACCGGCAGCUGCGCACCGUCACCAACGCCUUCGUGCUGUCGCUGUCGCUCUCCGAGCUGCUGGGCGCGCUGCUCUGCCUGCCCCUCGCCUUCCUGCGCCUGCUCAGCCGCCCGCGCGGCGCCUGGCUCUCCGGCCAGCGCCUGUGCCUGGCCAGCGCCGCCCUGCACGCCGGCCUGGGCAUCGCCGCCACCCUCACCAUGGCGCUGCUCUCCUUCGACCGCUACUGCGCCAUCGUGCGCCAGCCGCGCCGCAAGAUGGGCCGCCGCCGCGCCGCCCAGCUGCUGGCCGCCGCCUGGCUGGCGGCGCUCGGCUUCGCCGCGCCCUGGUACCUGCUGGCCCAGGCGGCGGGCGCGGGCCACGGGGCCGGCGCGGGCCGCUGCACCUACGUGCUGCUGCCCUGGGGCUCGUCGCGGCUGGGCCCGCCCUACAGCGCGGCGCUGAUCGUGCUCUGCUACCUGCUGCCCUUCGCCCUCAUGUGCUUCUGCCACUACAACAUCUGCCGGGCCGUGCGCCUCUCCGAGAGCCGGGUGCGGCCGCUCACCACCUACGGCCACCUGCUGCGCUGCUACGGGGAGAUGCGCACCGCCACCACCGUGCUCAUCAUGAUCGUCUCCAUCAUCUGCUGCUGGGGGCCCUACUGCGUCCUGGGGCUGGCGGCCGCCGCCGGCCACCUGCCCUUCUCGCCCACCGUGGACGCCGUGGCCAGCUGGAUGGCCUGGGCCAACGGCGCCAUCAACCCGCUCGUCUACGCCGCCCGCAACCCCAACAUCGCCAUGCUGCUGGGCCGCAGCCGCGAGGGCGGCUACCGGACUAGGAACAACGUGGCCGCUUCCCUGGCCGCCCGGGGCCAGCGCCUGGAGGCCCGCGGCCGGGCCGAGCCAGGCCGGGAGCGCUGUGCCCGGCAGCGGCCCGGCGGCCACGCCGCCAGCACCCUCUCCUCCUCCAGCCCGGCCAGCGGCGGCGAGGUGGCCGUGUGGGCCUGCAAGAACCCGGCCGUGCUCUUCUGCCGCGACGCGCAGCCCGGCGCGGCCGCCCAGCCUGCCCUGCCGCCCAAAUCCGACACGGCCGAUACCAGCCUCUGACGGGGCCCGCUGGGGAAAGCUGCCUGGCCGCGAGCUGGCUCGGGCGGCGGCACGGGGGCCCACGGGAUGGGCUGGGAGACCUGCGGCUUGGGCCGUUGGAAACUCGGCUGAGCAAAGCGCUGGGUACUGGGGAGCAACGUGCAGGGGGCUGCCCUGGAUGAGCUAGUGGGUCUGCUCCAGUUCUUAAUGCGCUGGCUCUCCCCAUUUCAACAGGGGCUCAAAGAUGCCCGGGAAGAGCUGCUGAAAUGAGCCCAGGACACAGCUGAAGAGAGGGAGGGUGGCAGUAAUCAUCCUGUGACUGACUCUCUAUGAGCUCAUCUCGCUUUAGCUAAAAAGUGCCAAUAGGAAGUUCAGAACAACACGAGCCCCCUGGCCUUUGGGAACUAUUAAGUGCCAAAAAAAAAGUGUCUGAAAGCUGAGUAUUGCCAGCUCAAAGACACACAAAACGUAUCACACUGUGAAAACCACAGCUUUGCAGCAGACAAUUGCUUUAACACAUUAUAUGUGGAAAUACACCAAGUCUCAGACUAGGCCAGACUGAAUACCUUGAGGUUCAUUUUUAAAUUCCAAACAAGAAAAAUCCCAUUCAGAGCUCUCCAGAUUUAAAGAAAACAUGCAAGAUUAGCAGGCAGAAGAAUGAAACUUGAAGCCCCAUGAAAUCUGUGAUAUUUCAGUAUAUACAUUCAGUGUGAGAAGUAUUUCAAAUGGGGAAAAUUCCCAGAAAUGGGAGAUCAGUACUAUAUUCUGAUCCAGACAAAAUUGAAGAAAGAUAAAAUAUGGGUUUGGAAUAGAUGCGGCAUCAUUCAGUUUGUAGACUUUUGAAUUUCCUCUUGGAGAUGGACAAAAUGUCUGAUUUCAUUUAACAUCCUUUGAAUAGAUUUAUAUGAGCCCCUAGGGAGAGGCAGGUAUUCUGCUGAAGGAGAGAAAAAGCAAUAUGAUGAGUCUAGUUUGUGUUUCGGGGUGCACAUUACCUGCUCACUGCAUUACUCAGUUGACCUAUUAGAAUUUAAUGAUAUUCGGAAAACAGCUUUGAUUGCCAGUACUGAUAUAUAUAAAAACAAAAAGAGCACAAAUCAAUAUGUUGAAACCAACUCACAUGAAAUGCUGCUGCACAGCCAAUCCUCAACUUGGGAUUUAUGAAUUUAUUUUUCCUCAGAGGUUCAGGAUCUCAAGCCUUAAAUUAAUACUUUUAAUUGGAAAUGAGAUUCAGACCUUCUGUUACCUUCACUAAAUUUAAAUGUGGAGAAAUAGACAGUUUUUUCUUGUACAGUAUUUAAAUUAUAAUGUUUUAUUAGAUUUUUCAACUGUUUGUGACUCCAGUGGAUGUAUAUCGUUCUUUUGUAAAUGAGACAAGAAAUAAAUUGUCUUUUAUGCAAGA